AUGAUUAAUGAUUUAUCUUUUAAUACAGACAAUUCCUCUAUUUCAGUCUCCACGGAUGAAGGUCAUAUGAUCUUCAACUGUGAACCUUUCGGAAGGAUAUAUUCAUCACAAGAUGCACCUUUAAAGAGAUCACUAUCAAAUUCUUUAGACGCAGAUCCAUUCUCAAGUGCAGAUAAGGAUUCUAUAGGAGCUGGAAUAGAAGCUGAAAACCGAGAAGAACAUGAAGGGGAACAAGACCAAACUAGAGACACUGCAACUGCAAAAAGUGACAACAACAAUGUAGAUCAAACUCAUCUGCCAACACUACUACUAAAAAUGCUUUUUUCAACAUCGUUGACUAUUAUUGUUCCAAAGGGAAACGAUAAUUGCAUUCUUACCGUUUAUAAUCUCAAACAGAACCUCAAGAUCAUGGAUCUUAAAUUCAUUUCGAGCAUUGUUGAUGUCAAGCUAAACAGAAGGCGGCUUUUAGUAAUGCUAGUAAACGGAGAGGUUCAUAUUUAUGACUUGAGUUGUAUAAAGUUGCUAAAAGUGUUGUUUUUACAAAAAGAGGAAGCAGUUCGGUCCGGUAGCUUUGUUGGAGAUUUAAGUGUUCGGGAUGACUCCUGGUUGGUUCUUCCAUUAAGCCUGGUCAAUGAACAAAUUUUGAAGGACAAAGGAGAAAUUUGGGAAGGAGAUAAUGAAAGCGGGCAACAAACGGAGCGAAGCUCAAAGUCAGCGAAACAUCAAUCAAAGGAUACUGAUUCCAGCGAGAAGGAUACAGGGUAUUGCCUUCAAAAGUAUCUUGCAAUAACUCCUAAAAACUCACAAAAUAAAGAUUUUACAGCCAAGAGGCCUAUAACUUUAAAAGACUUGCGCAAAGAUGGGAAUGGGUGGGUGUUGGUCUAUGACACCAUAAAACUUGAACCCAUCAUCAUAUUUAAAGCUCAUGAUUCUUCAAUUGCAAAAAUUACCAUCUCACAUAAGGACCGAAAAAUUGCUACUGCGUCUAUAAAAGGCACGAUUGUGAGAGUAUUUCAAAUGGAAGAACAAGAAGAAGGAGGGAGUACAGAAAUUAGAGGAGAAAAAGACGGAAAUAGGCACCGAAUAGAGCUGGUGAAGAAUUUGCGACGUGGCCAUAAUGUGUCAAAGAUAAAAUCAAUGAGCUUUAGUAGCGAUGAAAGUAUUCUUGGAUGUGCAUCAGAGUCAAAUACUAUCCACUUGUUUGAUUUGACAAGUGAUGGUGGGAUAGAAACUGACAGUAGCGGCGGUCAUGGCUUUAAUGAUCGACGAAACGAUGAUAGUUAUUAUAGUGACCAUGAUCAUAGCGAUACUGAGGCGUAUAGGUCUUCUUCGGAAGACUUGAAUGAAAGUUUGGCUAACUUACUUUUGUCGCGACCGCCCGACAGCACGUCUAAACCCAACACAAAUGAAGGUGACCAUAGUGUCAAUACCGCUGCUGUUUUUAAUACCACCACGACUAAAUCGAAAAAGUCAUGGUUUGGCAAAACCAAAGAUAAGCUUAUUGAUAAUCAUUAUACAAAUUCAAUUUUGAAGAAAAUUCCAUAUCGAGAUUAUCUAGACAAUUUGAUAUGGGAACCACCUAGAAGAUCAUAUGCGUACAUUAGGGUUCCAGAGCAGUCGCAAAGUAAUAAUCUUGAGGAAAACUGUUCGAAAUACCCAACAGUAAUGCAUCAGAACAAACAAAAAGAUUCAAACAAGUACAGUAUUGGAUUUAGCGCAGAUUCGAUAUUUGUUGCAUCUUAUGCUUCUGGUUUAUUCUAUCAGUAUCAAAUACCUCCAAAGCAUAGAAGAGGUUCUAUUGCAUAUUCAUCUUUGAGAGCUGGUAGUGAUGAACAGGGAAAUAAGAGGGAAAAGUGCAAGUUAAUAAAUGAAUACUCUUUAGUUUAA